AUGGGUAGUGAUCUUGGAAUGAAUACACCAAUGAUUUUACAUAAUGAUCAAAUGGAGUCACCAUUAUUGAUUGGAGAUAAUUGUGACAUUGAUCCAAUAUUAUUUAGUAGGGUACAGAAAAAACGAAUUAUGAAGUCGGUCGAUGAACUACCUAAUAAAAAGAAAAAAUUCGCAAAUAAAGAUUAUUCUCCCGUAAUAAAAAAACUUAUUCAAGAGUUUUCAACUGACGAUCCCGAGAAUGAAAAAACUUUACAAUCUGAAUCUGCUUCCAAGUCCAACACAUCAGUUAACUUCCUAAAUUUAUAUCAAAAAUCGAAUAAAUAUCCAAAGCGUACAUCUGAAGGAAAAGUUGCUGAAAACAGAUUUCAAAUACAAUUAGUGAAAGCUUACUUCGAAAGACAAAAGCAAGGGUCCUGA